AUGGCCAAAAAAUAUUGUUUUGAGGUAGUAGAUCGAUCAUUUUGUGAUAUUAUGAAAGGAAUCAAGGAAGACUACAAUUUGAAACCAUUUGGUGGAAUAACUAUUGUAUUGGAUGGUGACUUUCGUCAGAAUUUACCUGUAGUUCGAAAAGGUGAUAUGCAUGAUAUGAUCCAAGCUUGCAUACAAAAUUCAUACAUUUGGAAAUCAUGUGAGGUUCAUUUGCUACAUAAAAACAUGUGUCUACAAUCAAAUAAGUUGGACUCAAUCUCAAAAUAUGCAAUGCGAAAGUUUGCAUAUUGGAUAGUUGAUGUAGGUGAUGGAAAACAAUGCCCAAAUAUUGGAGAUAUCAGAGAAUCAUGGAUAUUUAUAGAACAAAAUUUGAUGCUCCCAAAAUCAAAUGAUGGUAUUCUAGUUGACACUAUUUAUCCAAAUUUAAAUAGCCACAUUAGAGACAGAAGUUACCUUGUGUCGUGA